AUUCCACACGUGUUUCUUCAUUGUUUUGAAGUCUUCAGCAUUAAUCCACUAUCUAGAAAAAAAUAAAAAUAAAGAAAAACCAUUGAAUGAGAAUGUGUGACCAAACAUUUGACUGGUAGUGUAUACACAUACACACAUAUACACACAUGCCCGUACCUACCAUUGAGGACACCAAGGUGAAGUACUUGGUAUUUUUUCCUUCCUCUGAUUUCAUCUCACUCAGUGUCUUGCACUCUCAUUGACUGUAGUCAUGACACUUCUCAGACCUACAGGAUUUAGAGUCGACAACAGAUCUAGAUAUUUAGCCUGCUAGAUAUCUGGCGGGUAUCUGCAAUGCAUCGGUGACUCCACUGGGUCGCGUCUUUGAACAGUUCACACAUAAUGAUUUAGCGCCGAUUUGCCAGGGCAGAUCGAACACUGAAAAUUGGGGCUAAAAUAGUGUAGCGUGAACUAGGCUUUACCUCCACUUGUAAAACCAUUACCCUGCAUGUCUCAAGGUGUCUGUAUAUGUAUGCUAACCCUUCCUGUCAGUUGAGCGCUGUCACACAUCGCUGGGGAGGCGAAUCAAGACCCUGAAGUCACUUUGAGACUGGCUAAAAUCAUCUUUGAAGAAUGGUGUGGGGUUCAGCAGGAAGAAUGGAAGACCCCAAAUGACAGAUUCCCACCGUCGUUGGAAAGGACCUAAAAAAGUAGAUAACUAACAUGGCUGCCCACCGAAUCCGAGUGACAAACAACAGCAAUGCACUGCCUCGGUGCAAAUCCGAGGGGACGCUUAUGGAAUUCAGCGAAGGAGUGUCCGAGGCCAGCCUCACAGAUGUUAAAGUGCCUUCACCCAGUGCCUUAAGACUGGAGACUCCAACCUCCCUUGGGAAUGCAAAGGAAGUCAUUGCCAUUAAAGAUUACUGUCCCUCCAACUUCACUACGCUGAAGUUUUCUAAGGGUGAUCACCUCUUUGUCCUGGACACAUCAGGUGGAGAAUGGUGGUACGCCCACAACAACAAAGAGAUGGGCUACAUCCCUGCGGCCUAUGUGAAGCCAGUCACCUGCAGGAACUCGAUCCUGAGUGAUAGCGGGACAGUCAGUAACCUUGGGGAUUGCUUAGAAGAGGGUGCCCAAGAGCUGGACCUCCUCGGCGACUGGAAUGGAGUCCUAAAGCACUGCUCACCCUGCAACAGCAAUCCCUUUGUCCCCCGUUCCUCUACUAAUCCCUUCUUCUCUGGGCCUCCACAAGGUACUCUGGACCAGAAUUGCAAUAGGAGGGCUGUACAUAGCACUGUGGAUCUACUGUUCUUUGACACUCCCUCCAACCCCAACGCCAGCAACGGCAGUGCCUUUAAUGGCACCUUUGACUUGACACCUGUGAAUCCCAACCCAGAUAUCACACAGAACUUCCGCAGGGGAAACCCCUUCUUCAGGAGCAAGCGGUCUUACAGCCUUUCUGAGCUCUCCAUCCUCCAGGCCCAGGCUAGUUCCCCAGGUUCCUCCUCUGGUUUUUUCACUGGUUUAAAAUCUCCGACCCCUGAGCAGUUUCAAAGUAGGGAGGACUUUAGGACUGCAUGGCUUAACCACAGAAAGUUGGCCCGGUCAUGUCAUGACCUUGAUUCCCUUGGCCAAAAUCCAGGCUGGGGACAGACGCAGCCUGUAGAGACUAACAUUGUGUGCAGACUGGACAGCUCUGGAGGCGCUGUGCAGCUGCCUGACACCAGCAUCAGCAUUCACGUCCCAGAGGAACAUGUACCCCUUGGAGAAACCCAGCAGAUCUCACUGAAAGCCUUGCUUGAUCCUCCAUUGGAACUCAACACUGAUAGGUGCUCCACGGUCAGCCCCGUAGUGGAGAUGAAGCUGAGCAAUAUGGAGAUAAAGACUUCCGUCACCUUGGAGAUGAAGGUGUCCGUCGUAGUGAAGAAGGAGAGCCGGCAGGCAGCUGAGAUCACAUGCGUCCGUAGCGACUGCAAGGAAGGACCAUAUGUGCCCAUUGAAGAGGCCUACAUGUAUGGGGACACAGUCCAGGUUCGGCUUGAUAACCUUGAGCCUUGCAUGUAUGUGGCUGUAGUGGCACAAGCUAAAAACCUUGCCAUCAACUCAACGGUCUGGGACCAUGUAGUGAAGAAGGUCACCUUGGGCGUCUAUGGGCCCAAGCAUAUCCACCCCUCCUUCAAGACCGUAGUUGCUAUCUUUGGGCAUGACUGUGCCCCGAAGACACUGUUGGUAAGUGAGGUGGGGAGGGAGGCCCAUUCUGCACCCCCUGUAGCUCUGCAACUAUGGGGGAAGCACCAAUUCGUAUUGGCCAGGCCACAAGAUCUGCAAGUCGGCGUUUACUCAAACAUGUCAAACUAUGAUGUCAAGGCCAAUGAGCAGGUUCAGAUUGUCAGGGGCUUCCAGGUGAAGCUGGGCAAGGUGAGCCGUCUUGUUUACAUGAUCACGUCUCGUAAUGCAGACGACAUCUCAGACUUCACAUUGAGGAUCCAGGUGAAGGACAUCCAGGACUGCAUCCUGGCUCAGUUCUGUGUGCAGACACCACAGCCCCCUCCCAAAACCGGGACACGAGCAUCAGGUCAGAGAAGGUUUCUGAAGAAGAAAGAAGUAGGAAAGAUCCUUCUGUCUCCUCUGGCCAUCACUACCAAAUACCCAAUCUUUCAAGAUCGCCCUGUUACCAACUUGAAGUUUGGAAAAUUGAUCAAAACUGUGGUUAGACAAACCAAGAACCCAUAUCUCUUGGAAUAUAAGAAGGGAGACAUGAUUGCACUGCUUAGUGAGGAGAAAAUUAAGCUAAAGGGGCACCUGUGGACCAAAGAGUGGUACAUUGGGUAUUACCAAGGCAGAACAGGACUUGUUCAUGCUAAAAAUGUUCUGAUUGUGGGCAAGAUUAAGCCCAUUCAUUUCACUGGGCCAGACCUCACCACUGCCAUACUGUUAGAUCAGAUCCUAAGGGCCUGUAAGUUCCUUACCUACAUCUAUGCCUCGGUGAGGACCAUACUGAUGGAGAACAUUGGGAACUGGAGGGUCUUUGCUGACUUAUUGGGCUACAAUAACCUACCUUUGACGUACUUCAGCCGGAAUGAUCUUGACAGUGAGCCGGAGAAGGUGGCCUGUGUCCUGGAGAGGUUCAAGGAGGACUGCAACAAUUCGGAAGGGAAGGAGAGGAAGUCCUUCCAGAAGGAGCUCAUGACUGCCCUGCUGAAGAUGGACUGCCAGGGGCUGGUGGCCCGCCUUGUCAUGGACUUUGCGUUGCUGACCACGGCAGUGGAGGUGGCAGGCCGUUGGCGGGAGCUGGCCGAGAGGCUGUCCCGUGUGUCCCGGCAGCAGAUGGAUGCCUACGAGGCCCACCACCGCGACAAGAACGGCGAGCUGGACAGCGAGGCCAUGUGGAAGCCAGCCUAUGACUUCCUGGUGACGUGGGCAGCCCAGAUCGGCGACAGCUACAGAGAUGUUCUCCAGGAGCUGCAUCUUGGCCUCGACAAAAUGAAGAACCCCAUCACCAAGCGCUGGAAGCACUUGACCGGCACGCUCAUCCUAGUCAACAGCCUGGACAUGCUGCGGAGCUCCGCCUUCAGCCCCACCCCUCACACAGACUUUGCGAUCUGAUGCCCCUCUCCACCCUGCCACCCUGCUGUUUUAGCCCUGCCCCUUACCCCACCUCUGUGCCAGUCAAUCCAAUCCUCAUGUGCCAUUUCCUGGUGAUCUGCCUGUGGUUCUCAGUAUUUUUUUCUAAGAGCAUUUUUUUAUUGUUAUUGUCCUUCACAGUAUAUAUUUUUUUACUGCUAUGAAAGAAGCUGGAGCAGUUUUGUAGAAACACUUUGGCAUCUGUAUAAAUAAAGGACUGUAUUAUGCUUCAUUUAGCCUGGUCACAUGUCCGAUGAGGUUUAAGAAACAUGUAUAUUUAUAAGCAUUAAAAUGUUUGAUGACAAUGA